AUGUUCAAAGUGAUCAGUAUACUGGCGAUGAUUGUACUGCUGUUUGCCAUUUGUUGGCUUCCAAUCCAUGUCAAUUUAUACUCAGUCCUGAAUAAAUACUUUUCUCAACUGAAAUGCCGGCGCUCUGACUAUCUCCAGGACGAGAGUGAAUCGCAUACAAGGAGUCAAUUCGUAACCCUUUACUCAACCAAAUACAAGAAGAGGACGACAACCACUACCACCAAAAGUGACAAGAAUUUUGAUGAUAAAACUGAUGUCUAAAAAGCAAAUUUCGUAAACAGAAUACUAAUUAUUCGCAGAAUAUAUGCUAAUUUAGUCAUCAAAUGUGUACAAAUCAAAUUUGAUCAAGCGAUUUAAAAAUAUUCAGCUCAUACUGUUACAGUACGGUAUUAUACAUUGUAUGUGUACUAUAAAUAUAAUUAACAAAUUUAAAUAACUUAUAAAAUUGCGACAGGUUCUGUGUUUUAUUGAAGUUAUAUCUAUUUUUUGAAUCCCA